GCGUUAUUUUUUUCAAAUAAAUUCACGCAAUAUUUUAAAAUUUAUCAAAUACUGGGAUUUGAAUUUUUUUUCGCUCUUAAAUUUAUUUUAGAAAAUAAACGACAACAAUCAAAAUUGACUGCCAUUUACUUCCAUUGCAAAAUAAUAAAAUUUUGAAGGCGGAACUUCUACUUUAAUUUUUCUGGAAAUAAUUUGUAAAAAUGGCACUGAAAUUCGCGGCUAACCUUAGCUUUAUGUUUACCGAGUGUCCUAAUUUAAUUAGCCGUUACCAAUUAGCCAAGGAAGCUGGGUUUCAUGCAGUGGAAAGUGGAUUUCCUUUUGGUUACACUGUUCAGCAGGUUCAAAAUGCGAAAAAAAAUGCUGAUAUUGAGCAAGUGCUGAUAAAUGUUUUUACUGGGGAUGUCACUAAAGGUGAAAUGGGUUUUGCUGCAAUUCCAGGUGAUGAAGCGAAAUUUAAAAAUAGUAUUGAACUUACUAUCGACUAUGCUAAAGCAUUAAAUUGCAAAAAAAUUCAUGUGAUGGCAGGAAUUGUUGAAAACCCUACGGCAGAAAAUGAUACAGUCUACGAGUCCAAUUUACGUUUUGCAGUUGAAAAAUUUAAAGAAGAAGGAAUUAUUGGUAUUAUUGAGCCUAUCAAUAAAUAUGCUCUUUCAAAUUAUUAUUUGAAUUGUUUUGAUAAAGGCAUUGAAAUUAUCAAGAAAAUUAAUAGCCCACAUUUAAAAUUAAUGUGUGAUAUUUUUCAUCUGCAACACAUCAAAGGAAACAUUACAAAUUUUAUGAAAGACAAUUUACCGUACAUUGGACACAUACAAAUUGCACAAGUUCCUGAUAGGAAUGAGCCCGAUACGUUGGGCGAAUUAGACUAUAAAUACAUUUUUUCAUUAAUAAAAGAAAUUGGAUACAAUGGUCACAUUGGUUUAGAAUACAAACCGAAAACAACAACAAUGGAAGGAUUAAAGUGGGUUAAAAAUUUUGGUGAAAAUUUAUAACAAAAAAAAAAGAACAUUUUAUUUUGUUAUUUUAUCAAUAAAUACUUUACAAAAUUAUAACUUUUAUGAGCAUUAAAUAAUCUCAUACAAAUAACAAUUUUAAAAAAAUUA